AUGUGUUUGCUGAAAAGUCAAAGGCCAAAAAGGGAUAUUGAUGAGAAGAUCAAUAAAAGGCUAUCAUGGAUGACAGCGGACCAGAAGCAGGAAGUGAAACAAAUGUUUGCCGACGGAAAGCCUCAUUCGGAUAUUCGUGCGAAGAUCUUCGAAUUCUUGAAAGAACUUGAAGGCCCAGCAGGCAUGGCCGCCAGAGAGAAAAUGCAAAAGGAAUGCUAUAAAUGGAUGGAUGACGUUGCCACAGAAGAAGAGAUUGCCGCCCUCCACAAAAUGCAUGAAACCGAUCACGCUGGUUGCAAGAAAAAAGUUCGCGAGUUUAUCGAACGACUGCCAGAAACCGAGAAGAAAGAGGUGCUGAAAAAUCUGCCAUUCUGCGAAAAAGUCUGGUACGGCGACCAUGACCAUCACGGCCACCAUCAUCAUCGCCGUCGCCGUCAUUUGCACGCCAUCGACAAAUUC